CCGCCCGUAACGAGAAACCAAUUUCGAUAUGACACAAAGCAGCUGAUAGUGAAUGUUUUUGCGCCCGAACACGAUAACGGCAUUAUCAUCGCACUGGCCGAGAUGUUAUUCCAUCCACACCUGACCAGCAUGACAUGAACGCCCGUCCCGUAAAAUUAUGUCCUUAAGGCACAGCCAAAAGACGACACAGGACGCGGGCCACCUACUGCAGCAACUGCUGGAAUGCGUGCAGGACUGCCAGAAACGUUACGGCGGUAAGACGGAGCUGGCCACAGAGUUCGACAGUUGCGUGGCCGGUUUGUGUUUGUCGUUGGAGGCGGUUCUGCUGCACGGUCUCAGGAACAAGUGUGUCGAGCCCCAGUCGGCCCUCAAGCAAGUGUCUGAAAUUGUUGUCAACACCCUGCACAUUGGCAAUGAGGCUGUUUCGUUUUGGCCCUUCGUAAAGAGACAUUUGACACAGCAUGAGCAGGAAAGGUACAAUGUAUUAAAACAGAUUUGGACAGACACUGGUCGUGGUAAAGCUUGGAUUCGGUCUGCUUUAAAUGAGAGGUCCUUGGAAAGAUAUUUUGUAAUAUUAUUAAGUGACCAGGACAAAUUAAAAACCUACUAUGAAGAUUGGGCGUUGCUCCGCGACCAAGAGAAAAGCAAUCUAUUGCCUAACAUGGCAGCAGGUUUAGGAUCAAUUUUGUUCGCAAUCAGCAUCGACAAACCUGAGUUAAACAGCGGCAUUCCACACAGGAACGAACAUUUAAGGUCGAAGGUCGAACCCAUAAUUUCAGCACCGAAAACAGAACAAAAGGACAAGCCCAAGAAAAAGAAGAAGGUGGCACGCCAGUUCAUCUCGUUCGACGACGACGACAGCCUGCUGUCCACCAGCGUGCCGUCCAGCUCCAGCAGCAUGUCGUCGGAGACCAACUCGAUAAGCGAGGCGAAGCCGCCCCAGCCCCAGGACAAGCCGGACGCUCCGCGUCCCGACACCAUACAACGAAAACGCUCGAUGGAGAACAGCGGCAGCCGCGACAAGUUCGCCACCGACGUGCCGGAGACGCUGACGCCGGUGGCGCAGAUCGAAAUCGGCGAGCUGACGCCCGUCUCGGUGGAGAUCAACAAGCACUUCGAGUCGCCGGACUCGUCGGACGACGUGCUGGAAGUGCCCACGGACAUUAGUGCGGUGCUGGUCGCCGUCGAGAACAAGAACAGGGAGGAGCUGGCCAAGCGACAGGAGAAAAUCGACGCGCUCACCAAAGAGAACGACAACCUGAAGGAGCAGCUGAAGAAGUACGUGGGCGCCAUUCAGAUGCUGCGCCGCGACGACGAGAGCAUGCAGCGCGCCUUGGACGGCCUCCAGAUCAACCCACAGCCCGACUACAAGGGCGAGGCCAAGAUAUUCGAAAGGAAGCUGGUGCAGGUGGCGGAGAUGCACGCCGAACUGAUGGAUUUUAAUGUCAUGCUGCAGCAGUCGUUGUGCAAGAAGGACGCCCUUUUGGAACGGCUGAAGGCCGAGCUGGAGGAGCUGAGGGGUCCGAUGGCCGCCGAUGAGUUGUCGGAGGACGAAACCAGGGGCAGCGUCAACGUGUGGAUACCGUCAGCCUUCCUAACCGGAUCCGGAUCGACCUCCCAUCAUGUCUAUCAAAUAUUUCUCAGGGCGGGAAACGACGAGUGGAACAUCUACAGACGUUACGCCCAGUUUUACGCCUUGCAUACGGAUUUAAAGAAGUUGGAUCCGGUGGUGGCGACGUUCGACUUCCCCCCUAAGAAAAGUAUUGGGAAGAAGGACUCCGCUUUGGUUGAAGAUCGACGUAAACGUCUGCAGAUUUAUCUGAGGCGAGUCUUGGCCCAUUGGCCUGAACUAUCUCAUUGUAACAGUCGGUUUUUGUUGGAGCAACACUUAGCUUUUUUUAAGGAUGUUAAGGAAGAUCCAAAAAAGAAAAGCGUCUUCUCGUCUAGGAGAAGUGGGCCUGGAAAUGAUAAUCAUUAUACAGGGCUUUAAUUUGUAUAUGUAAUAGAUGAAUUUUAUUUAUUUCUAACAUGAUUAAAGUGUAAGACAUAGUAUUGUUUGUUAUGUUACAUUUUAGUAACAUUAUUAUUGAUAUUAAAAAUAUGAUCUAAUCCUACUACUUAAAAAGGAACUUAAGUAUGUAU